AGCAAUUCUCCUUGGAGAUACGUAACUAAUAAGUUUGAUACCCGGUUCUUCCAUACAAUAGGUGUGGGAUUUUUAAAUACAGAUUUAGAGGUGGGUGGACAUCUUGUCGCCAUGCAGAUUUGGGACACAGCCGGUCAAGAGCGACUCCGCAGCCCCAGGACACCGUUUUUCAGAGGUUCUGACUGUUGCCUGCUUACUUUUAGCGUCGAUGAGUCGCAAAGCUUCCAGAACUUGAGUAACUGGAAGAAAGAAUUCAGAUAUUAUGCAGAUGUGAAGGAGCCCGAAAACUUCCCUGUUGUGAUUUGGGGGACAUAAGAUUGACAUAAGCGAAGGCAGGUGUCUACAGAAGAAGCCGAAGCCUGGUGCAGAGACAGCGGCGACUACCCUGACUUUGAAACAAGUGCAAAAGACGCCACGAAUGUGGCAGCAGCCUUUCAGCAAGUGGUUCGAAGAGUCCUUGCUACCGAGGGCAGUGUACUUGAUUCAGACGUGGUCAGUCUUCAUCGAAAGCCCAAGCCUAGCUCAUCUUGCUGUUGAUGGUUAAAGGGAUUGUUGGUGUCUUCUAACCAAACUCACACAUAUACACAAGAUAAACACAAAGGUGGAGAAGAGAAUUAGCAUUUUAGGCGGUAUAUCAUGUACUAAUAAACUAACUUCAUGGCUGCUGCUUUAGUUGGUGGGAGAAGGGACACAUCCACUCGAGAGGAAUCUAUUUACUCAGUAAUGGUACCCUGCAUUUGUAAAUUGUGAUGGUUGUCUAAUAACA